AUGGCUGAUGACAACAGUAACAACCUGGCUGUGUUGGGGCUCAAACCCGCAACCUUACGAGAUGAAGAUAGUAAGAGGAAGAGGAUUCCCUGCCCUCUGGACCCAAAGCACACUGUAUUUGAAGACUGUUUAGCAAAGCACCUAAAAAAGUGCAACUCGAAGGAGAAGCCAAAACCUGUCUAUUAUGUGAAGGAUAUCAAUGCUGGGUCCAUACAGGAAGAGGAAAACAUCAGUGAUGAGGUGUCCAUUGCAGAUCGAACCAAGGAGGAGCUGGACGGUCUUAUCCAAAAAGUAAAAAGUGCAUUACAAGGAUUAAACACCAAACCUAACGAUGCUGUUCUCUCUCAUCCUGCUUUACAUGAAGCUCUUAAUGAUCCAAAGAAUGGCAACUUUGCUUUCAAACACCUCAAACAGCAGGCCUCAUUACUGGGGAACAUGAAGGACUUGGGGCUGCUGGAACCAGGCCGGUGUUACGUAGAGUUUGGUGCUGGUAAAGGAAAGCUCUCCCACUGGAUUCAUGUCGCACUACAGGACGCAGAGAACGUCCACUUUCUGCUGGUGGAGAGGUGCAGCACUCGCUUCAAGGUAGACGGCAAACACCAAAACACAGAGUCGACGUUCGACAGGCUGCAGGUUGACAUUCAGCACCUCGACUUAAGCAGAGUUCCAGUCCUGAGAGAAAAGGGACUCCCAGUAAUUGCAGUAGGGAAACACCUGUGUGGUGCUGCAACUGACCUGGCUCUUAGGUGUUUAUUUGAACACAGCGUGACUGAAAAAGAACCAGAGCCGCCUCUGAAACGUAUUAAAUUGCAAGAAGGAGAAGAAGAGAUUAAAGCAAGAGGAGACGUAGCAGUGUCAGGACUCAGUAUCGCCCUCUGCUGCCAUCAUCGCUGUGACUGGAGGCAUUACGUAGGGAAGGAUUUCUUCCGAGAAAAAGGACUCGGAGCGGAAGAGUUCGCCGCUCUGCAGCGCAUGUCCAGCUGGGCUACGUGUGGCAUGAACAGAUUCAGUCACGAUUCUAAGAAAUCUUCACAGGAGAACGUCGGUAUGACCGAUAAGGAUGAAGAAGAAGAAGUAGAAGAACAUGAAGGAUGUAAUGAAACCGAAUCAUAUCAUCUCAGCAGUGCGCUGGUUUCAGCGGACGAGCGCGAGCACGUCGGACGCCUCUGCAAGCUGCUGAUCGAUCACGGCAGGCUGCAUUACCUCCAGCAGAAAGGAUUCAAAUCCAGCCUUAGGUACUACACCAGCAGAGACGUGUCUCUAGAGAACGUGCUCCUGACUGCCGUUCCCCAAUAAAAACAUCCAGACCGAACACACAUCCAACGAAGACCAAACACUCAGGAGCGUGUUUCAAGUUUCUUUUGAUCUCGAUUCUUUUUACACAUUUAAACACAUUCAAGACAGAAGCAGUGGAAACGGCACAGAAAGCGAAACAGCGCGCAGUACUCCACCGGCGCAACACAGCUGUGCAGGACGGGACGGGAACAUCUGGACGUAGGACAGCAGGACAAAUAGCCGUCAGCAUGCAGGACUGAAUCACAACGUAGGUGGCACCUCUAGCGCGCCAUCCAGCGUUACAUUUAGCACUGACGUGUAGGUCUGAGAGCCUGAAACACAUUUCCACACGCAGCGUGUCAGUCACAGGCUGCAGGUUUUAUUUUUAUCCUUUUAAUGUGUUAUUUUUAAUAUAUAAAAAAAUGUCCGAUCAUUUGUGAACACGGUGCAUAUUGAGUAUAGCGUAACCUCUUUUGCGAGCCUCGUGGAUGUAAUGGUGCAUAAACUCUCGGCCGAACAUCUCCCUGUCGCUCUCCUCCUCGUCCACGUCCUCCUUUGGAUCGGGCAGGGUCACGUCGUAGGUCAGCGGGUUGUCUCUGAAAUUCACAAACCUGCCAAAGAAAACCAAAGUGUGUGGAAUCAUUUCAGAUCUUCUAAUAUACUAUAUACGCUAUAUGUACAAAAAAGUAUUAGUAUUAGGGCACCCCCCUAUGUUUUUAGUUCACGUGUUCCAUUCACAACAGUUGCUAACAAGUGUAAUAAAUCAAUUAUAUGCUUCUAACUUUGCAUCAACAGUUUAGGGGAAGGUCCAUCCUGUUCCAGCAUGACUGUGCCUCUGUGUACAAAGCAACAUUCAUGGCAUUUAGCUGACGCUUUUAUCCAAAGCAUGUACAGUGAACCGUCUAAGCAAUUAAGAGUAAAGGGCCUUGUUCAAGGGCCCAACAGUGGCAACCUGCAGUGGUGGGGUUUGAUCCAGCGACUUUAUGCUUUCUAGUCCAGUGCUUUAACCGCUAGGCUACAACUGCCCUUUUAGGAAUUGAGGGUUAAGGGCACAACAGUGGCAACCUGGCAGAUGUGGGGCUUGAACCAGUAACCUCUAUAAAGACAUGAAGAAAAGCUCGGUUUAAAAACCAAGAAACUUCAGUGACCUACACAGAAUCCUGACCUCAGCACUACUGAACAGCUUUGGAAUGAAUUGAGGCUUUCUUGACCAACAUCUGUGCCCAGCCAGACAAAUGCUCUUUUGAGCAAAUGGGCACAAAUUCCCGCAGAUGUACUGCUGUCUGGUGAGAAGCCUCCUCAGAAGAGCGGCUGUUGUUAUAGCGGAAAGGAUCACGUACGGGUCACUCUGUUUAUUUAUUAGGAUUUUAACCCCAUGUUUUACACACUGGUUACAUUCCUGACAGGACAGAUAGUUACGAUUCAUCAGUUCACAAGUUUAAUGUCAAACACAGUCAUGGACAAUUAAGUAUCUCCAAUUUACCUCACUUGCACGUUUUUGGACUGUGGGAGGAAACCCACGCAGACACGGGGAGAACAUGCAAACUCCACACAGAAAGGACCCGGACCACCUCACCUGGGGAUCGAACCCAGGAUCUUUUUGCUGUGAGGUGACCGUGCUACCCACUGAGCCACUGUGCUGCCCGGUCACUCUAUUUAAAUACCAUUUGGUUUUGAAAUGGAAGUUCAUGGUCAGGUGUCCAUAUACUUUUGGCCAUAUAGUGUGUAUAAGAAUAAAACUCGUAUUUUACUCCAAGUGUCUUUUUGGCUGUAACUUGCUGCCAGGAACAAUCACAUAACGUUCAGUUACAUUUAUUAUGAAACAAAAAUACAUUUACACCUUAUUGUGUAUAAUUUUUCACAUUUACUGAAAUGUUGAUCAGACAGGACUGCAGGAAUGAUGUCUGAAUAUGUGAGUGUAGUUCUUCCACUGGAGCUAAUAAAUACUGGAAGUCUA